AAUUUCUCUCCACGCCAGACUAUUCUAUAACUCACCUCUAUUGGCAAAUGGUAUGGUAAAAACGAGACAAAACGAAGUUGUGCUGUCAAAAUGGCUGCUACCUUGAAAAACAGCGAUAAUGAUAUGCAAGUGACGUUUGAAGACCAAGAGAAGAUCAACAAGUUUGCACGACACAAUGCUAAGCUUCAAGACCUGAAGGAUGAACUCACUGCGAAAAAGAAAGAUUUGCAAAACUUGGAAGAUGCAUCUGACGAAUUACUGCUGUUAGAAGAUGAGAAUACAAUACCAUACCAGAUAGGUGAGGUGUUUGUAAGCUUGAGUCCGGACGAGACCUCCAACAUGUUGGAUGCGGCCAAAGUGAACACACAGAAGGACAUUGAGGCCAUAGAGAAACACUGUGAUGGACAUAAACAAAUUCUGUCUGAACUCAAAGUUCAGCUGUACGCUAAGUUUGGCAAUAACAUCAAUCUAGAAGCUGAGGAAGAGUAGAGCAGAAGCCUGUUACCUGACCAGAAAUGAGACUGGAUUUGGUCACUUGGGUGAACCUGAUACCCAACUUGAGGAUAGAGUACAUGUAUCGCAGGAAAUCACUGGAAUAGUACAAGUUUGAGAACUCGUAUCAGCUCUAAUGAGGUGCUGCUUUUACUCUGCACGGACCUGUAACUCAUAUUACCCUGUAGUUGUCUUACCGGACAACUCUCACAUCAUUAAUAAAUUAGAGAAUGUUCA